CAGAGAUGGCUAACCUCGCUGAAACCCCACAGGAGUUCAAGUACGAGACAAAGUUUGUUGUCCUCAACUACCUCGGGAUCCUACCAAGGUUCGAGGAGAUCGGGGAUGAGUCUGACGGUGAAAGCGAUGACAGGCUGGAUGACGACGGGGAUGAUGCCAUGAGCUUUGGGUUAAGAAGUCAAGCUAGUUCACAUUCACAAGAUACUCCUUCGAGCAUCGACAGUGACUCCUGCAGUAGGGAUAGUGAGGAGUUCCGUCAGAUCCGGCGAAUUGCCGCUGCAGGAAUCCUUGCAGGGAUGCCCCCUCAAGAACAAGAAUCUGCGGUACGUAGCAUCGAUGCUUCCACUGUAGCCUUCCAGGGUCAAGGACUCGAGGUGGAUGCAGUGGGUUCCGAGGACACGCUUGAAGGGUUUCACCUCCCGACCGAUGACCUGGCAAGAGACGCUGUCUCGUCUAACACCUCGUCGGCAUCAAGUUCAAAGUUUGGGGCAUCGCCACCAAGCUUCACCUCUCGGAUGCCAGCUCUUAAAGUCUCUCGGGUAGAAUCUCCAAGAUCACGGACGUCCAUGUUGAGGAAGAAGAGAAGUCGAGAUGCUUCUUUAGAUGAAAGUACCAAAAAGAGGAUGAGUAACGUUCUCUCAGAGCUUGAGAGUCAGUUUAAACAAGAGAUGGUGGAGGGAGGCAUGGAUUCAGCCGGUGUAUUGUGCGCCAUCAGUCGGGAGGCCCUCGUGGCCGAAAGAAUCGCUCAGAUCGGAGACUGCAUCAUGCUCCACCAUCAAGGUGAGCUUGAACAGGCUUACCAACAAGCCAUGUCACAUGGCGCUGGACCCCUCAACUACGGUAGCUUCAAAUCGGGGAUGAAGAGCUUGGUCAAGAACUCGGUGCCAGGCUGGUAUCAUGUCGCAGUAAUGAUGAAGUAUACAAGACAGAUGGCAGUCAGUGUGUUGGACCAAGGGAGUAGAGGGAUUGCUGCUGUAACGGACUUUGCUGCGCAGUACAUUGAGGAGAAUUUAGCUCAAGCUAUUCUAGAACAAGGUGGUUGGGAUGCCAUAACUAAUGUUGACCUAGAGAAGAUAGACAACGAAACCUGGUCAGAAAUAUCCUCAGGGAAUCCUUCACCUCAAGGGAUCCAAUCGCCUACCCACACCAUCCCUCCUCUCUUCAUGGACGAAGAUGGCUUCCUGUCACCUCGCCAACGCAAAUCAGGUAGUGACCAAGGCAACCAACCACCGGACUCCAUGUCGGGUUUGAACGCUGCGUCCAACAUCAAGCUGGAAACGGAGCAUGGAGCUACCAACCGGGAUGAGUCGGAUUCCGUCUCCGCUGCGGUGUCCAGACCCCAAGGGCUUCUCUUGGAUGGUUCUAUAAUGCAGACCGACAUGGACUUGAGCCCUGGCAGGAGACGGUACCAGUCGGAGAGGGUGCCAGACCAGCCUGACCUGCUCGAUCCCGAUGACUCUCCCAGGAGGCGAGCUUCAAGCUUUGGGUCAAGGCCCAUGAUUGCCACAGCUGCAGCGUGUACCGCGACCGUUGCUGCUGUUGCGGCAGUAGGUGCAUUUGCUCUCCUGAAGAAGUGAGGUUAAUGACCUUGGGAGUGUUUCAUGCAGUGAAUAGUCUGUGAUUUUUACUGACAGAUUUGCUCUGAGCCAAUCAUAUGCAAGGACUACAGUAGCUUAUAACAUUUGUCAGUCAAAGCCACAAGACACACUCCCCGGAAUGUCAUCUGGACUUUGGCUGAGCCUGUCCUAGUGCAUGGUGCAUUUAAUAUGGAACUAAAAUAUUUUAAAGAACUCUUGCACCAAGCAUGUCCAAUUGCGGUAGUGACUGAAUUCAUAAUCAGAAUGAUUUAUAAGGGAAGGCACUUCUGGCCAAUUUAUUGGGUUAGGGACAGGAUUCAAUGUGGCAUGGUCAUAAGGCUUCAGAAAUUACUAGCAUAUCUUAUCAUUUUAAGACUCCAUCAGAGUUUGAAGUUUUGAACAACUCUUUUAUAAGUUCAGUUUCUCAAGGAGGUCUAACCCAUUGAGCAACUGUGCCUGGAAUAUCUCAGGCUAGUAUCAGUGGAAACUACAUUGAUGGAAAGUGCUUCUAGUUGCUAGUAUCCUUGGGAGUUUCUGUGUCUUAUUUCAGAUCAUCUUCAGGGAGAAAACUUUUGAAAAUGAAGUUUUUUAUGCAUAUAGUGGAAAUGUAGACAACAGACCCACCCAAUUAAAUAACUUAUUGUCAAUUGGAACCUUUCCAAAGCGUUUGGGAAAUGCUGAAUUCAGUGGUCAAUAGGAUUAGUUGCAAAUAUGGUACAAAUAACCCACACUCAUGCUGCAUUUAGUAAAUAAGGUGUCUAGAGCAAUAUUUUCCAUACGAUUUACUAUCAGGUGGUUACUUGAUGAACAAAUUUUGUACCAACUGAUUAAUAAAAUAUCCCCUCCCUAUUGAUAAGUAGAACAUUCCAAAAUAUCAUGUACAUUAUUUUCAUAAAUAAGUAUUAUUAUCAUUUGGUGUUAAUUUGCAUUUUUCUUACUGUGUAGAUGAUUCCUUUUUCUUUAUUUUCCCAUAAAAAUGCACAUGUUCUUGCCUAUAAAGCUGCUUAUUACAAAAAAAAUAACUUGUUGCCUGCUCCAACUGGGUAGCGUUGUUCAAGACCUAUGGAAAUGGCAGAAUUUGAUUGGUGUUGAGUUAAGGCCUUGCUAAGAUAUCUGUGUCAGACAUCUUAGCAGGCAUUCUACGAUAAUGGCACUUUAUGCAUAUUAUCACAUUUUCCAUUCUUUUUUUCUACACGAAGAUCAACAAAGAAAAGCCACUUUCGUAAAAGAUGUGGUUCUGACUAUUACUAAAUUAUCUUACAUUGUAUUGUAGCCAUAUUGUCUUGUGCCACUUGUAGUAUAGCAGCACAAAGCAGCUGUGCCAUAUUAGAGUAAAGUAAGACAUACAUGUAUAUGUUUAUACAUGGAUUCUCAUGUAGUUAUGUAAGGAAUUACAUUAACCUAUCAUAUUAGAGUAAGGUAGAAUAUUCAAACUUUAUAUCUGUUUGGUGUUUAUAUAUGGACUCUCAUGUAGCUAUGUGUGGAAUUACAUUAAGACAUCAUUUACCAUAUGAUUAACCAAGGAAAUAUUCUAAUGGUAGUUGAAAUUGGUAACGAGUGACCAUUAUCCUGAAUGCAGAUAACAAUAAGAUAUAUGACUGCCAUUUUAUUCACUAAUAGAACUUGCAAUGUACAUUUUACAACGAGUUAACCCAGACUAUUCAAUAUAUAUUUUUUUUACCUGAAAAUGCAAUAGAGCAUUAAUAUUUUGUUCUCCCCACCCCGCGGACCCUUAUUUUUUAAUGGAAAUUUUAUUUGAUUUCAGAAAUUAUAGUUGCUUUCGUUCUUAUUUCUUUUUACUUAAAUUGAAAUAUUGAAUUUAUUCAGUAACAGGGUAAGUUAACAUGGAGUAGAAGUGAGCAGUUACAAAGAAUAACAAUCGAUCAAAAACUUGCUUUGAAUGCUUGAUUUUACACAAUGAUGAAUCAAGGACUAAGAUAUUUGUAACGUGGCAGAGUAUUGCCACUGAAAUGAAAAUAAUUGUCAAAUUGUAAAAAGUUCUAAGGGGAAUAAUGAAAAAAGGGGCGAUAUGCUGACCACUGGUUUAUUAUGUACUAGUGAAAGGAUAUGAACAUGACAUAAAACAAGCUGUGGAAAAUGGCUUUUAUUUGCUGAAAGAGUAUUUUUUACUCAUAUAUCCUGGCCGAUAAGAGAAAGUAAUCUAAAUUGAGUCAUCUUGUCCCAGUCUUGUCCAUAAAACAUGUAUAAAAAAAUCAACAUAUAUCAUGUAUAAGAAAAUUAACCAAACCAAGGAAUAUUUCACCUUUUAACCCUAAAAGAGCCGGGUUAUUGGACCCAUCUCACAGCCGGGGGGGGGGGGGGGAGGGGGGAGGUAUUCCGCCCCCCCCCCCCCCUGAGAUCUCAGCAUUCAAUCGGCGAGCGCCGUGAAAAUUUGCACAGUGGUAGUGAGUAAUAAAUCUACAAGGCUGUAUGGUUAAUUUUUUGGAAUUAAUAAGAUUUUUCAUUUAAUGAAUUAACUAUGCUAAUUUAUUAAUGAAAUACUAUCCAUCCAUCCAUCUAUCUAUACAUGUCUUUGUUUCAUAAUAGCGAUGAUUUUGUUUUUAUGCUAUACAUGUAGAAUGAGUAUCAAUCAUUUGUGUUGUAUGAAUGUAACUCCCUUUUUUUCGCUUCGUCUUUACAAGAAGAAAGACAGAAAUCACGAUGACAGCAAGGGUGAAUGAUCUUUAACUGAAAUACUAUUAUCAAUAUGUAUAGAUAUACAUGUAGUUAAAUGUCAAAGUCUUAGUGAUGUAGAAUAAUUCUGUGAUAUUCAAUAAUUUUUUUAAUAGAUAAUGCAAUUUUGGGCAAGUUAGAAAUACAAAAUUGCAUUGUAAAGCUUGUAAUCAUUGUGAACUAUCAGUCUUUUUAUGGGACAAUUAAGACAUUUUAUAAAACGCUCCCAGGAGAAGUUUAUUGAAUUUUGACCAAUAUUCAUUUAUGUUAAUUACUUUAGCCCGAGUGUCCAUUGUAAAUUAAAUGUAAAAGGUUUUGUUUUAACACUGCAAUUUUGAAGCAGAAAGAUGCACCCACAUUUGAAUGGAUUUAUAUACUUAUUGACAAUUCUAUUUAAAUUUCUUGAUGAAUGACCAUUUAAAGUGAGAGGUCAUACAUGUGUCUCCACAAUUCAUUGUGUUAAGUAUUGUGCUUUUGUUCUCCUUUUGUUUUACAUACAUACAUUUAGUCAUUUGUGUUCUAUUUCUUUCAUUUUCUUGUUCAAUUUCAAAUUAUUUUAGACAUGUUAUGGCAUGAUUAUUGUUUGUUUAUUAAAAUUCAGGGUCAUCCAUAUAGAAUUUAUUUUCUGUGUGCCAAAGCACUUAUAUGUUGGAUUUUUAUAUAUUUUUUAAAGAGCAUGAAACAGAAGCUUUCAGGACAUGACCAAAACUGUCCAAGCUUCAAGCCUUUCUUUAUUUAUAUUUUUGUUUAAGUUAAGUGCUACAUACUUUCUUUGUUUUCUGAUAUGACAUUACACAGUGUAAAUUGUUUGAUUGUUCCAUACUGCCCAGAUCUCUUAAAAAACAUGUGUAAUAACAAUGGUAGUGAAUGUCAACUUCACCUUAAUUUUCAAAGUUAUAUGUCGUGUAUAAUGACUUGUAAAAAUUAUGUAGCUAUUUCCGUAUUUAUACUCUUUCAAAUUACAAUCAAAAUAUAAUAACGAAUUCGGAUAUUAUUUUCAUUACUUAGAAUUUAUUCUAUCUUGUUUGGAAAAAAAUGCAUGUAUUUUUGUAUGCCAUGUCUUUUUACUUCUUGUUGUAAUUUUGUAAAGAUAAGGUGAAAUAUUGAGAUAGUUAUACAUUGUAUAUAUUUCCAAUUUAUAUAUCACGUCUCAGUUCUGUGUGAAGACCAGAUGAAUAAAAUGAUAUCAAUGUACAGAAU